AUGGCUACUCAUAUUGACCCAUUUUCUUCCCCAGCUACUCAUUUCGACUACUUGAUUGCCCGAGGUGGCACUGCAGGCCUCAUGCGGGCAGCGCGGCUGACGGAGGAUCCAGAUAUUACUGUCGGCGUUUUUGAGGUCGGCCUCGACCGAACUGAUGAUCCCAAUAUCCUCACUCCUGGAUUCACGCCCACCAUGUGGGACAACCCGGAGUAUAACUGGAUCUUCGACACAGUGCCCCAGACUAACGGCAACAAUCGCGUUAUUAACCAUCCGCGUCAAGAGUCAGCUUGGAGGAUCUAG